UCCAUCUCCUUUUCCUCACCUAGGGUUUCGUAUCCAAAUCACACUCUCUCUGGCACGAUUUCAAUCGCCAGUCGCACUGCAUUCUCCGUGGGGUGUGAGCACCGGAAUAACUCCGCGUCCAUAAUUGGAUUGUGUGGCCGCACUCGGGAAAACGUGAUUGUGUUUCGGGGCAACCUGUUUCAAAAUAGCUUUCAUAAUCUGGAGGGGACUCAAGUGUUGUACCGUGGUGCACAGGGGUUUUACACACCGCUGCCGAAUUUUCAUGACGUGUUUCGGAGCGACGUCGGGAAGAGCCUGGUUCGUGGAGUAGUGAGAGUACGUGGGGGAGUAGUGAGGGCGUGUGUCCUUGGAAAGGGGGUCGAGUUCGUUGCAUUUUCGAAGUCCAGUGAGGGAUUGGGGGUGUAGGCUGAGUUUGUAAGAGCUGAGAAACUCGUUGUGUGGUGUGGUGUGGAGGAGAGGGAGGGAGGGACCCUGGGUGCGAAGAUUGCGAGGGUGCUCUGAGUGGUGUUGGUUAGGGUUAAGCAGCGGGUGGGAAGAAAAUGGUGGGUGAGAGAUUGCGCGUGGUGGAUUGAUGGAACGCGUAUGGGCUGAGAUUUAGAGUUUACGUUGUAGUUGUGAUUUUUGUGCGGGUAGCGGUUUUGAGGAUUCUGCGAAUUUUGAGAGAUUUGCAUUGCUUGACGCUCAUGCAAUUGCUGAGAAUCGUAGCCGAUUAGAGGGGUAAAAUGGGGUCCAGGCUACUAGGGAUUCCGCGUCGGAGAGUUCUGCAGCUCGUGGAGACUGCGGAGACACUGCUGAAGCCGCAUCAACCGAGUGCCGCCUCGGAGCCUUUUUUAGGGCCGUGUCGAUCGUCACAUCUUAGACGAUACACGCAUCAGUCGCAUUCGGGAAAUUUGCCCACUGUCUUAGACCGUAUUGUGCCUCGCAAUGAAGUAGAUCGCACUGGCUUGGCGGCGAAUGUGAAAGGUUCUAGCAUUGAUGUGUCCGGGAGGUCAUUAUAUGUCCAGGACGGUACCAUUUGGAAGCAUGGCAAUGUCUCUGGGAGCACUUUGAGGGUCUGGGGUCAAGGUCCUGAGGGGAAGAGAUGGCUAGCUACGUACACGCGCAUGAUGGAGGAGGCAGCCAGAGCUUCGAAUGCUGCCACUGCAGUGCGGUAUGAUGAGGAGGAAGAGGUUCAGAGUCCUAAGAAAAGUGAGAAAGAUCCAUCACCAGAGGACUGUGAUGUCGCAGUCGAGGAUCUCAGCUCUGUGAAGGCAAAGCACAAGCAGUCGCAGGAAGCUCCUAAAACAAUUGAAUCUGCCAAGAAGCCUGGUGACGGAUGGAUGGUCAAAGUCCGCAAUGUAAUCUUUGGAAUCGGUCCGGCGAUCCGAGCGAUCGCUGCCAUGAGCAGUCAAGACUGGGCAAACAAGAUAUCAGGAUGGAAGAAAGCAUUCUGGGUUGAACUACAACAUUAUUGGAUUGGAACAAAAUUGCUGUGGGCUGACGUGAAAAUCUGCUCACGGUUGCUACUCAAGCUGGCUGGUGGCAAGAGCUUGUCCCGACGAGAACGAAGCCAAUUGACUCGCACCACCGCAGAUAUCUUCAGACUUGUACCAUUUGCAGUGUUCAUAAUCGUUCCUUUUAUGGAGUUUCUGUUACCCGUAGCACUCAAACUGUUUCCAAACAUGUUGCCAUCCACCUUCCAAGAUAAAAUGAAGGAGCAGGAACAACUUAAGAAAAGACUGAACGCCAGGAUUCAGUACGCCAAGUUCUUACAAGACACUGUUGGGGAGAUGGCUAAGGAGCUUAAAACUUCCCGGAGUGGUGACCUCCGCAGAAAAGCAGAUGAUUUGGACGAUUUUAUUCACAAGGUGAGGACAGGAGGACAAGUAAAGAAUGAUGACAUCUUAUCAUUUGCAAAGCUGUUCAAUGAUGAGUUGACAUUGGACAAUAUCAGCAGACCAAGGCUAGUGAGUAUGUGUAAGCUUAUGAACAUUCAACCUUAUGGCACGGAUGCUUAUCUUCGAUACAGCCUUCGAACCAAAUUGCAAUGGAUCAAGGAAGAUGAUAGGAUGAUACAGAAUGAGGGUGUGAAUUCGCUUUCUGAGUCAGAGCUCCGGCAAGCUUGCAGAGAACGUGGUAUGCUUGGGUUGAGAUCUGUGGAGGACAUGCGCAAACAGCUGAAUGAUUGGUUGGAUUUAUCAUUAAAUCACUCUCUUCCUUCUUCCCUUCUCAUUCUUUCCAGGUCAUUCUUUGUCGCUGGCAGGAGUGCGGAAGACGCAGUGCAAGCCACACUGUCGUCACUACCUGAUGAGGUCAUCGACUCAGUUGGAGAAAAGACUGAUCCUGGUGAAGAGGCGCUAGCAGAGCGCAGGCGCAAGCUGGAGUUCUUGCAAGCAGAAGAGGAGCUUAUUAAGGCUGAGGAAGAGAAAGAGAAAGUUGAUGUGGACCAGAAUGAAAAACGAGAGAAAAUCGCAGAUGGUAGUGAUGAGAAGGACAAUUCUCUCCGUGAGAUGAUGCUCGCCACUGCUCGUGAAGCUCAGCAGCUUGCGAAAACGAAAACUUCGGACAAACGGGAGGAGCUUUGCAAGCUUAGUGGCGCCCUAGCUGUACUAGCAUCAGCCUCGUCUGUCAGCAAAGAACGAGGGGAAUUCCUGAGACUUGUGAAGAAUGAGAUUGAGCUCUACAACCAGAUGGUUGAGAAGGAAGGUACAGAUGGUGAAGAAGAGGCACGCAAGGCAUUUUACCAUGCUGCACGGCCCACACAAAACCAUGAAGAAGAAGAUCCAAAGUCUCCUGCAGACCAUGUCUCUUCUGCUUUAAUUGAAAGGGUGGAUGCUAUGCUUCACAAGCUCGAGAAAGAACUGGAUGAUGUUGAUUUGAAGAUCGGUGAUCGUUGGAGAAUAUUAGACAGAGACUAUGAUGGGAAGGUUACACCGGAGGAGGUGGCUGCAGCAGCUGCGUUUUUGAAGGACAGUCUCGAUAAGGAGUCCGUGCAUGAACUUAUAGCCAAUUUGGCGAAGGAUGCAGAGGGUAAGAUUUUAGUGGAAGACAUAGUCAAGCUUGGGACGGCAUCAGAGGUUAUAGAUGGGGAUCUUGACGUAGACAUAAUACAUGAUUCUAAGGUCCUGAAGGAAUGAUAUAUUCAGAGAUUAGCUAUUAUUGUUUUCAAUUAGUUACGGAAAUCUUUGUAUAGUCGACGGUGGAGUUAUUGUCAGACUUCCGUCGAAAUUGAGAUGCAAGUUUGUUGAUAGAUGGUUGUAAACCACGUGGAGUACAAGUCAGAGCCUACUGGUCCUUUGCACAGAAAAAAGAUUCUACUUUUGCACAGAAAAAAGAUUCUACUCUAUGGCUCCUCUACAUAGUUGAAUGAUACGCAAGAAACCCUCCACGAGUUCCACAUGUUGAGAGACGUUUGUAAGUGAUUUAUUCGCUAAAUGGCAUAUCAAUUGGUGAACUUAUUGCA